UUUUUUUGCAGUGGUUAAGAACCUUUUUUUAUAAAACUGUAUAUUAUUUUACAGGGCUGCAGCUUUCAGGAGCUUUUAUGUUAUCAGUGAUGUAACUUUUUACUGUAAUAGAAUCAGAUUAACACAAUCACUUGGUUUAAUUGCAGAUUGGCAAAAGAAAAAGUUAUGUAUGAAAAGGAAGCAAAACAGCAAGAAGAAAAGAUUGAAAAAAUGAAAGCUGAAGCAUGUGAUGAUUAUGGAAUUAAGAAGCAGAUCGAGAUCUUGCAAGAGUCACGAAUGAUGAUUCCAGACUGUCAGCGCAGAUUAGAAGUUGCACAUGCAGAUCUUACUCAACUACUAGAGAAUGAAAAAGAAUUGGAAGAAGCUGAAGAGUAUAAAGAAGCACGUUCCAUACUGGAGUCAGUGAAGCUGGAAGCCUAGAAGUUUUUCACUACUCUCUUUAUAUUCAUUCGCACUGGGUCCAUUCCACAGUUUCAUUUGACUAUGGCUCUGUUAGUCUUGUUGAUUUGCUGAAGUUCCCUUUAUGCAAACUGGCCUUUCUCUAACUGCAAGAUGCAUCAAAUAAAGGAUGUUCUGAAACAUCUGUGUGUUCCAUAUUCAGGCAAUAUAGAGAAACAUUUCUAGUUCACCU